AUGUGGUUCGAGCCGGAGCAGCCUCUCUACCGCCGGGGCCACACGCGGAGCCAUGACCUUGUACCAUUCAAGCGCGAGAGGCCCGCAGCCACGUCCUGCUCAGACACCAGCAUAAGCACUGCAGGCUGCAGCCAGCAGAACCAGAUUACAACAGCCAGUGGCCCAACACAAAGUUCAAACACUGUCACGCAAAGCACAGCUCCACCUUCCAGCAGCACAGGGGCAACUUCAGCCGUGGUCAACGAGAGCCCCCCGACGACGGCAAUGGGUGGGAAGCCAACCUCAGGCACUGGUACCACAGCUGCUGAUGACCCAAAGACUACUGACCAUUCAGGCAGCGUGACACCUACACCGUCUGCUGUGUUGGCUGAGCCCGAAACCACUAGAGGCCAGAGUGGAGUGAAAGAUUCAGCCACGCCUGGAAACCAAAGUAGCCACAGCGUUACCACAAGCCCCACAGCCACGACGGGAGAAAAGGAGGUGACUCUGCAGCCCACCACUGUGCCUCACACCCCGAAACUGACUUCUCUUCCUCCUGCUGUGACCGUCCCAGUCACCCCUCACCAAUCGACUGGUGUUUCUUUGAAGCCCCCUGAGAACUCUCCCAAGGAACAAGACAGUCUCACUACAGCUUCAAGGAGCCCAGGCACGGAGGCUGGCUCGGGGCCCCCCUCCACACCCGAGGGGAUGCCUGCCACGCCGACACCGCUGGUUACCUCACAAGGAGCUCAACACACCUCCCACUUGAUGCCAGCUGUCCCUACAACCUCUUCCUCUGAGGCACCGCUGCCCCCAGGCACAUCAUCGCCCCCAGGCACAUCAUUGCCCCCAGGCACAUCAUCGCCCCCAGGCACAUCAUUGCCCCCAGGCACAUCAUCGCCCCCAGGCACAUCAUUGCCCCCAGGCACAUCAUCGCCCCCAGGCACAUCAUUGCCCCCAGGCACAUCAUCGCCCCCAGGCACAUCAUUGCCCCCAGGCACAUCAUCGCCCCCAGGCACAUCAUUGCCCCCAGGCACAUCAUCGCCCCCAGGCACAUCAUUGCCCCCAGGCACAUCAUCGCCCCCAGGCACUUCAUUGGGAACAGUGGCCACACCUCCUGUCAGGGGACCGACAAGUUCCAGCAUGAAGUCGACUUCAGUUGUCCCCCAAGGCUCCUGCACACCUCCCACCUUGACUCCUGGGAAUAAUACCCAGAUACAGUGUGGGCCUUCUGAAAGCCUGAAUGAGACUCAGCUGCUCGUCCUGAACUUUACGGGGACCAGUCCCUGUGAAAGGAGCCCUCCAGAUGACAAACUGGUCACACGUCUGUGCCGAGCAGUCAAAGCCACCUUCAACUCAGUGCAGGACCAGUGCCGAAUACUGCUGGCACCUGUUCAAAACAGCCAGGCGGUGGCAGUCAAAAACAUCUUAAUCAAGACAAACUUCCUUCCCAAGGACAUAUAUGAAGUGCUGAAGGACCAAUGGGAUUACCUGAAAGAGGCGGGAGUCAGUGACAUGAAGCUGGGGCAUCAAGGACCCCCGGAAGAGGCUGAGGACCGCUUCAGCAUUCCCCUCAUCAUCACCAUAGUCUGCAUGGCGUCCUUCCUGCUCCUCAUUGCCGCCCUCUACGGCUGCUGCCACCAGCGCCUCUCCCAGAGGAAGGACCAGCAACGACUAACAGAGGAGCUGCAGACAGUGGAGAACGGUUACCAUGACAACCCGACUCUGGAAGUGAUGGAGACCUCUUCUGAGAUGCAGGAGAAGAAGGUGGUCAACCUUAAUGGGGAGCUGGGGGACAGCUGGAUCGUCCCUCUGGACAACCUGAUGAAGGACGAUCUCGAGGAGGAGGAAGACACACACCUCUAAUCGGGCCUGCUGGUGGCCGCCCGCAGCCUCACAGAGCUCCACGCGGACCACCCGAAGUGCCAUUUGGACAGGGGAGGAAAUCUCCUUCCCAUUUGAGGAGGGAAGACGGGAGGGACAGUGGACUCUAAGUGUUACCUCCUCCCAAUACCCCCCAUGCCUUAAUUUUCCCCUUUUCAAGCAGGACAAAUCACAUUCUGUCUAGUUUCCUCUUGUAAAAUAACCCACUAGUG